GCUUCCGUUUCCCACCUGUAUUCCUAUUUCCUACUCUUCUCCAUCGUUUCGUUCCGCGGAAAACCCUAAUUUUCUCUCUCUAUCUCUCUCUCUCUCUCUCUCUCUAUUACCGUCGACCAUUAAGUUUAUUUGAAGGGGAAAUAUGGUUUUGUACAUAUAAUUUUGUUUCGGUGGUGCUUGGAUUUGAUUUGGAACACCGAGACAGAAGAUUGGCAAUUUUUCGGGAUAUAAAAGGCUAUUUUUUGUUUGAUUUGAUCUAUAGAGGUUGGGUUUUGAUAUUGCGGUGCUCGUGUGGUGUGUAUUUGUUCUGUUUGCUUUUCAAGGUUCCCAAUCUAUCUGUUGCAGAAGUUUCCAGAUUAAUUUGGUUUACUUUGAAAUUCUAGAGGCUUCUGCAAUGGCAAACCGGACGGAGGCAGGGGAGGUCGUGAUUUCGUCGAUUCGGACUGGGAUGAAGCGCGAGUUCGCAAUGAUGAUGAAGGCUCAAGCCGAAUGCGGGAUCUCUAUUGGUCAGAAGAGGGUUACUCGGUCUCAGAAUGGGGCUUUAAACGGUAGAGCUUCGAUUAGUCCCCAAAAUGGUAGUAGGACUAAGAGCUCUACUGUGAAAAGGCGGAAGAAGGAAGCGAAUGUGGUGACUGCUGAUCAGAGUUUGAGUCACUCUAAUGAGAAAUUAGAUAAGACUGAGGAGUUAAGGAGUAAAGAUGAGGGCGAAAAGGUUGAGAAGCUCCCUUUAACAAGUGAAUGGGAGGAGCCCAAGAGUGAUGUCGUUGAUGGUGCUAGUGAAGAUGAGAAGAAUGGCACUGCUGUGGACUCAGGAAUUGGAGAACAAGAGACAGCUUGUGUUAUGGAAAGAGAGGAGUUGAACAGUCUAGGUGGAUCCCAGAAAGAAAGGCUGAUAAAUGGAGAUGUUGCUGCUAAACCAGUGGAUGUUGAUAACUCUGGUAAUGGGGAAGAGAACAAUGGUUUAAUUCAGAAAGAACUUUUAAUAAAUGGAGAUGUUGCAGAGAAACCAAAGGAGGUUGAUAAGUCUGACAAUGAUAAACAGAGUGAUAGUUUAGUUAACUGUGGUGGUGGAGUUGAGAAAGAAAGGGAGUUGAAUGGAGAUGUUACUGAGAAAAUGAUGGAUGUUGAUAAGACUGACAAUGAGGAACAGCUUGAUAGCUUAAUGGAACCGGCCAUGGAAGAAUUGCCCAUGUUAGGGGAUUGCAAGACAAAGAGUGAAGCCAUUAAGGCGGACUGUGCAUAUGGCAGUGCAUUAGCAAUUGUUCCUGAGAGUGUGGAGAACUCUAAGGUGAGUACCUCCUCUGAGAAGCCAUUAAGGCGGUUUACCCGCUCAUGUUUGAAACCAAAACAGCAGGCGAUGUCUGCAUCACCCCCUGAAGAUACAAAGGCAGAAGAUGCAAUGGAAAGUGAUGAAGCAAGUGCCAUUGGUACAACAUCGAAGCUUGAAAUGAAAAUGUCAAAGAAGGUUGCUCUGGUAAAGAUUCCAACAAAGUUGAAAGGGCUUCUUGCUACUGGUUUGCUUGAGGGUUUACCUGUGCGUUAUGUAAGGGUUACCAAGGCUAGAGGAAGGCCUGAGAAAGGGCUUCAAGGAGUCAUUCAGGGUUCUGGAAUAUUGUGCUUCUGUCAGAACUGUGGUGGAACUAAGGUUGUGACUCCAAAUCAAUUUGAAAUGCAUGCGGGUAGUUCAAAUAAACGUCCACCAGAGUAUAUCUAUUUGCAAAAUGGAAAAACACUUCGAGAUGUACUAGUUGCAUGCAAAGAUGCUCCUGCUGAUGCACUCGAAGCUGCAAUUAGAAAUGCUACUGGUGCUGGAGAUGCCAGAAAGUCUACUGUUUGUCUUAAUUGCAAAGCCUCUCUGCCUGAGGCUUCUUUUGGUAGACCAAGGCUUCUGUGUGAUUCAUGCAUGACUUCAAAAAAGUCUCAAACUACUCCUUCACAAGUUGGUGAUGCUAACUGCAGGUCACCUUCAUCAAAUUCUGUUUUGAAGUCCACAGAACGGAUGUCUUCUGGGACUUGCCCCCCUAGUAAGGUUCAUGGAAGAUUAACCAGGAAAGACCUUCGAAUGCAUAAACUGGUAUUUGAGGGAGAUGUGCUACCAGAUGGAACUGCAUUAGCUUAUUAUGUUCGAGGAAAGAAACUGCUUGAAGGUUAUAAGAAAGGUGGUGCAAUAUUUUGUUAUUGUUGUCAGAGUGAGGUGAGCCCUUCACAAUUUGAGGCUCAUGCUGGAUGUGCAUCACGCCGCAAGCCUUACUCUCACAUCUAUACCUCCAAUGGGGUGUCGCUACAUGAGUUGUCUAUCAAGCUUUCAAUGGAACGUAGAUCCUCAUCUGAUGAAAAUGAUGAUCUAUGCUCCAUAUGUGCUGAUGGUGGUGAUCUUUUGUGCUGCGAUAAUUGCCCAAGAGCUUUCCACACAGAGUGUGUUUCCCUGCCAAACAUUCCUAGGGGGACAUGGUAUUGUAAAUAUUGCGAGAAUAUGUUUCUCAAAGAAAAGUUUGACCGUAGUGCCAAUGCCAUUGCUGCUGGGAGGGUUGCUGGAAUUGAUGCACUAGAGCAAAUAACCAAGCGUUCCAUUCGGAUUGUUGAUACUUUACAUGCUGAAGUUGGUGUUUGUGUGCUUUGCAGGAGUCAUGAUUUUAGUACAUCUGGAUUUGGUCCCCACACAGUUAUUAUCUGUGACCAGUGCGAAAAGGAAUAUCAUGUCAAGUGUCUUAAAGAGCACAAUAUGGAUGAUCUUAAGGAACUGCCAAAAGAUAAAUGGUUUUGCUGCAAAGAGUGCAAUAGCAUUCAUUAUGCUCUGCAGAAACUUGUAUCAGAUGGAGAACAGAGCCUUCCGGACUCACUAAUGGGAAUCAUAAAGGAGAAAAUUAAGGCUAAAAAUCUGGAGGACAAUUCUAUUAAUGAUGUAAAAUGGAGGCUCCUGAGUGGAAAAAAUUCUACGGAGGAAACCAGAGUGUGGCUUUCUGGUGCUGUCUCCAUUUUCCAUGACUCUUUUGACCCCAUUGCUGAUUCCAGUACUAGCCGCCUUGAUUUGAUACCCACCAUGGUCUAUGGAAGGAAUUUCAAGGAUCAAGACUUUGGUGGGAUGCUUUGUGCAAUACUAAUGGUCAACUCUUUGGUUGUAUCUGCUGGAGUAAUACGGAUAUUCGGCAAGGAAGUAGCUGAACUCCCUUUGGUUGCAACAAGUCUUGAUUGCCAGGGAAAGGGGUACUUUCAGUCAUUGUUUUAUUCCAUCGAGAAUCUUCUGAAAUCUUUGGGUGUGAAAUACCUGGUGCUUCCUGCAGCAGAGGAAGCUGAAUCUAUUUGGACAAAAAAAUUUGGCUUUCAACAUAUUACUCCAGAAGAGCUGAAGCACUACAAAGACAAUUAUCAACUGAUGAUUUUUCAGGGAACGGCGAUGCUGCAAAAGCAAGUCUCCGAAUCAUGAAAUUCUCAUUUUUAAGUAGGAGGCAGGGAUGAAGUUUUUCUUCGUGCAGGGUGUAAAUGUCAAUUUUGCGGAAUGAAAAUGUAUAGCUGGGAUUAAUUUGGCUGUUGUAUAUAAGGUGAUAGAAUAGCAUCAUCGCUGAUGACAACAGAUCGGUCUGUUUUUUGAAAGAUAGAUUUAUUCACAGAAGAGAGAAGUAUGAAGCAAUGGGUGUAAAUCUGUAGGCUAUUUGGUGCAAACUGAUUUGGAGGCAUGUCUUAGUUUUCGUGGGCAUUUUGGUAGAAUGUUAUUGAUUCGGCUCCCUGAUAGUUAGAUAACCUUUGAUCUCAAAUAUACCGUUUAGUACUUUCAGAAUUAGGUUCAUUUUGUACUUGUUAAGUGAUUCAUUUGCAAUGGCGCUGGCUAUGCUUCAGUUUCUCUGGAGAUAUUUACACCUUUA